ACCAAUAUGUGUCCUGUGUGACAUUCGGCAACCGCGGAAUGAGGGGAGCAGCUCGGCCUCCUUCGGGAAAGAGCGUCAACUUGUGGACUCCAGCGCGCUGCCAUUGCCAUUGCCGACGCCGCCGCCGUCGUCAAAGUGGAGCUUUGAGCUCAGACCACAGCUCGGUCUCAAGCGAGCCCGUUUUCAUUCGAAACGGCCAAAGAGACGUAGAACGUGGACGCCGAAUUCUACACGGGAAGAAUCGAUAUGGAGGACGGCAAACCGGUGUGGGCACCGCACCCCGCCGACGGCUUCCAGCUGGGAACCAUCGUGGAUAUCGGCGCCGACAGCCUCACCAUCCAGCCUCUCGAGCGGGGCGGCAAGACGUUUGUGGCUGCCGUCAGUCAAGUGUUUCCUGCUGAGGAUGACGUUAACAAACACGUAGAGGACAACUGUUCUUUGAUGUACCUCAAUGAAGCCACGCUGCUCAACAACGUGCGUGUCAGAUACAGCAAAGACAAAAUCUAUACGUUCGUGGCCAACAUCCUGAUCGCAGUCAACCCAUACUACGACAUCCCGAAGCUGUACUCUCCUCAAACCAUCGAGCAGUACCGCGGACGCUCGCUGGGGACGCUCCCGCCGCACGUCUACGCCAUCGCUGACAAGGCCUACAGGGACAUGAAGGUUCUGAAGAUGAGUCAGUCCAUCGUCGUCUCAGGGGAGUCCGGCGCCGGAAAGACGGAAAACACCAAGUUUGUGCUCAGGUACCUUACGUCGUCGUACGGGACGGGCCAGGACAUCGACGAGAGGAUCGUGGAGGCAAAUCCGUUGUUGGAGGCCUUUGGGAACGCCAAAACUGUGCGCAACAACAAUAGCAGUCGCUUUGGCAAGUUUGUGGAAAUACACUUCAAUGAAAAGAACACGGUGGUGGGGGGCUUCGUGUCGCACUACCUCCUGGAGAAAUCUCGCAUCUGCCGCCAGAGCCUCGAGGAGAGGAACUACCACAUCUUCUACCGCCUGUGUGCCGGCGCGCCGGACGACAUUCGACUCAAGUUUCACCUCAGCUCGCCGGACAUGUUCAGGAUGUGUGUGUGUGUGUGUGUGUGUGUGUGUGUGUUUCAGUACCUGAACAGAGGAUGCACUCGCUUCUUUGCGUCCAAGGAGACGGACAAGCAGAUCCUGGAGAACCGCAAGAGUUCAGAGCACGUGAAGGCGGGCCCGCUGAAGGACCCCCUGCUGGACGACCACUGCGACUUCCAGCGCAUGCUGGUGGCCAUGAAGAAGAUCGGCCUGGACGACGCGGAGAAGUUGGAAUUGUUCCGCGUGGUGGCCGGCGUGCUGCACUUGGGCAACGUCGACUUCGAGGAGGCGGGAAGCACCUCAGGCGGCUGCAGCAUCAAGAAGCAGUCCGGCCAAAUGCUGCAACACUGUGCUGAGCUGCUGGGUCUGGACCAGCUGGACCUGCAAGGGAGCCUCACCUCCAGGGUCAUGAUCACCACAGCAGGGGGCGCCAAAGGAACCGCCAUCAAGGUUCCUCUGAAAGUGGAGCAGGCCAACAACGCUCGCGAUGCUUUGGCCAAGGCGGUGUACAGCCGACUGUUCGACCACGUGGUCACCAGGGUCAACCAGUGCUUCCCCUUCCAGUCGUCCGCCAACUUCAUCGGCGUGUUGGACAUCGCCGGAUUCGAGUACUUUGAACACAACAGCUUUGAACAGUUCUGCAUCAACUACUGCAACGAGAAGCUGCAGCAGUUCUUCAACGAGCGCAUUCUUAAAGAGGAACAAGAACUGUACCAGAGGGAGGGCCUGGGGGUCAACGAGGUGCACUACGUGGACAACCAGGACUGCAUCGACCUGGUGGAGGCCAAGAUGCUGGGAAUCUUGGACAUCCUGGACGAGGAAAACCGGCUCCCGCAGCCCAGCGACCAGCACUUCACCGACACGGUCCACAACAAACACAAGAACCACUUCCGCUUGACCAUACCGAGGAAGUCCAAGCUGGCGGUCCACAGAAACGUGAGGGACGAUGAAGGAUUCAUCGUCCGACACUUUGCAGGAGCCGUCUGCUACGAGACUAACAAGUUUGUGGAGAAGAACAACGAUGCUCUGCACACGUCGCUGGAGUGUCUGCUGAGCGAGUCCAGCGACCGAUUCAUCCGAGAACUCUUUGACAAUGCCAACGAUGCCAAGCAGAGAGCUGGAAAACUGGGAUUCAUCAGCGUGGGAAACAAGUUUAAGACUCAACUGAACAUUCUCCUGGACAAGUUGCGCAGUACGGGUUCCAGUUUCAUCCGUUGCAUCAAACCCAACUUGAAGAUGGUCAGUCACCAGUUUGAGGGAGCACAGAUCCUCUCCCAGCUGCAGUGCUCAGGUAUGGUGUCCGUGCUGGACCUGAUGCAGGGCGGCUUCCCCUCCAGGGCUCCUUUCCACGAACUCUACAACAUGUACAAGCAAUACAUGCCCCGCAAACUGGCACGCCUCGACCCGCGCCUCUUCUGCAAGGCCUUGUUCAAAGCUUUGGGACUGGACGAGAAGGACUACAAGUUCGGAUUGACUCGAGUGUUCUUCCGACCCGGCAAGUUUGCCGAGUUUGACCAGAUCAUGAAGUCUGACCCAGAUCACCUGGCAGAACUGGUGCGACGCGUCAACACCUGGAUCAUCCACAGCCGCUGGAAGAAGGUCCAGUGGUGCGCCCUGUCCGUCAUCAAGCUGAAGAACAAGAUGUUGUACCGGCGCGGCGCGUGCCUGGUCAUGCAGAAGACUGUGCGCAUGUGGCUCUCCAAGAAGAAGCACAAACCUCGGAUUGACGGGCUGGUGAAGGUGCGCCACCUGAAGAAGAGAAUGGCGCUCUUCAACGAGGUGGUGGCGGGACUCAAGGAGGGCAAAGAGGAGAUGAGCGCCCAAGUGGAGCAGCUGGACGCCGACAUCCACUCCCUCAUGCUCAAAAUCAAAGGAACGGUGAUGCGGCGCGCGGACAUCGAGCACGACCACCGCGCUCUGGUGGUGCGCUCGGAGCAGCUGCUGAGCGCGCUGCAGAACAAGAAGAAGGAGGAGGAAGAGCGUGAGCAUCUGCGCCGCAUCCAGGAGGAGAUGGAGAGGGAGAGGAAGAGGAGGGAGGAGGAAGAGCACCGGCGGCGGGAGGAGGAAGACGAGAGACGGCAGAAAGCUGAGAUGGAGAUGAAGAGGAAGCAGGAAGAGGAGGAGAGGAAGAGGAGGGAGGAGGAGGAGAAGAGGCUGCAGCUGGAAAUCUCGCAGCAGCUUGAGGCGGAACGCGAGGAGGAACUCUCCCGUCAGGCGGUUCUGGAGCAGGAGCGGCGAGACCGAGAGUUGGCACUGAGGAUCGUGCAGAGCGAAGCGGAACUUAUCGCGGACGAAUCGCAGAGUGACGCCGCCCUCCGCAGCACCGAGUCGUCGCUUCCUUCGUCUCCCGAGCGAGCAGUCGGUUCCGCUGGUCCCAAAGUCUCAACUUUGAGCAUGGAGGAUAUGGCGAAGGAAAUGAGCGAGCUUCUGGCGAGAGGUCCUCAGGUUCAGGCCAGCAAAGCGGCCGGCGGCGCCAACAGCAAAUAUCAACUCAGCAAGUGGAAGUACGCCGAGCUCAGGGAUGCCAUCAACACUUCCUGCGACAUCGAGCUGCUAGCGGCGUGCCGAGAGGAGUUCCACCGCCGGCUAAAGGUUUACCACGCGUGGAAGUCCAAGAACAAAAAGCGUAAUGCCGACACGGACCUGCGGGCGCCCAAAUCGCUGAGCGACUACGGUGGUGCGGCACCUGUGACAAAAGGCCGUACGUCCCAUCAGAACCCGGCCCCCCCCGUGCCGGCCCGCCGGUACGAGGCGUCCCUGAACCGGCAGCAGCGCUUCUUCCGCAUCCCGUUCGUCCGGCCGGCAGACCAGUACAAGGAACCGCAGGGCAAGAAGAAGGGCUGGUGGUACGCCCACUUCGACGGGCCCUGGAUCGCCCGGCAGAUGGAGCUGCACCCAGACAAGCACCCCAUCAUCCUCGUGGCCGGCAAAGACGACAUGGAGAUGUGCGAGCUGAGUCUGGACGAGACGGGCCUGUCCCGCAAGAGGGGGGCCGAGAUCCUGCCCCGGCAGUUCGAGGAGAUCUGGGAGCGCUGCGGCGGGGUCCAGUACCUGCGCAGCGCCAUCCAGAACCGGCAGGCGCGGCCCACCUACGCCACCGCCAUGCUGCAGGCCGCGUUCAAGUGAGCGCGCGCCGCCCGCACACCGGCAGGGAAUCAACAAAUUCUUCUUUUUUCUUGUCCUCUUGUUGUUUUUCUGCUUUUUGGCGGGUUUCGUGUCGAGGCCUUAAGUCUGUCGGGACUCUUUCGUGGCCCCCUAACGAGCGUUCCCGGUGAGCGUCGGGAAUCCCCCCCCCCCCCCCCCCUUUCCCCCUACUUGUUUAUGUGCUAGGAAGCAUCAGUCGAAACCGUUUAACAUCAUGAUUUCCUUUCAUGUGUGUGAUUAAUGAAGGCUGGAGGCCUAACGUGGACGCUAAGGAAUUGCAUUUAAUGAUCGCGCCUGCAAAUGUGAAUUAACGACCGAUGAUGAUGACGAUGACGUUGUUUUCUCUGAAGUUUGUGGCCUCUGCGCAACUACAGCUACAUCUCAAUCAAUUAGAAUCGUGUCAAAAGCUUCAUUUAGUUGACUUCAACUCAAAGUGAAAGUACUAUAGAGAUACACUGCACUUCACACGCAGUGAAAUCUAUCAUGAUUUUUUAAAAAAUAUAGCAUUUUUGAUCCUUAUAGCUUACAACGGCGGCACGGUGAACAACUGGCGAACACGUCUGCCCCACAGUUGUGACGACGUGGGUUCAAAUCUGGCCUCGCUUGUGUGGCGUUUGCAUGUUCUCCCCCGUGCCUGCGUGGGUUAUGUCGGUUUUCUCCCACAUCCCAAAACGUGCACGCGACGUUAAUUGAAGACUCUGUAGAUGUGAAUGGUUGUUUGUGUCUAUGCGCCCUGCGACCAGUCUUUUGAGGUGGGCACCGGCACGCCCGCGACCCGAGUGAGGAGAAACUCUACGGAAAUGGAUGGAUGGAGAGUUUACAGCAAACAAAAACCCCAAAUUCACCAUCUCGAGAAACUGGAAUAUUAUGAAACAAACACUCAAGAAACAAUAAAAAUACAUUUUCACAGGAAUUUGUCCCCUGCAAAGUGUUUCAUGAAUCGAAAUCGUGUACGAGUGCCGAAAUAAAUGAACUUUUCUAGCAUAUUCUUCUUUAUUGAGAUGUACCCGUUUGCAUUUGCCACUCGGGCUCCGUGCUGACUAGCCACAUUAGCCGGCCCGCGCUUGAGCAACGGUAGCAGCUAGCUGCAUUAGCAUCACGUUUUAGCAGUGAGCUAACGAGCGGCUAGCCGCGACCCGCUUGUUUGGUGCGGAAUGCCGGCGUUUAGCCAACAUGAGAUCUACCGCCGACGUCGUCGAUUGAACGACCAAUCAAACUCCGAUGAUUCCGUCAGGUGACCUCGUAAGCCAUCUUUGAACUGGAAGCCAGUUACCUCGCGCCGUCUUUUUUCUGCCAUUUUGAUCGAACGCCGACGUCGAGCAAUAAAAACUACGAGAAGGCACGCACGCCGUCGAGCCGCGCUCGGCCCUUCGCGACGUCGCCGGUUCGCCGUGCGGGAAGCGGGUCGACCCCGCCCCGCCCCGUCCCGUCCCGACACCUUCGGCGUUACCUUCCUUCGUCCGGGACCGCUAAAAAUGGCACAGCGGCCGAAAAGCUCAACCGAGCCGUGUUUCAUCUUGACUGAUGUCACGUCUCUCCUCAGCAGUUAAUAAAUGCACUCGUGUCACCUGACUCAAGACGUUGAAAGUGUCUUUGCGGCGGUGAGUCUUGGAAGAUGCCGAGCAGUCUUGAAGUGUGUAUCUUUCAGGGUCAUUUUCAUAUCAUUUGAUCGAUAAUGGUAAAGACGUGGCCCACGGAAUUUCCUUUGAAAACCAAUUAAUUUGACUCCGUAGGUGUGAAUGCGAAUGGUUUGUUUCCAUGUGCCCUGCGAUUGGCUGGCGACCAGUUCAGUCCAGGCCGCCUCUCGCCCGGAGUCGGCUGGGAGCAUGUGCGAGGAGAAGCGCCACGGAAAAUCAAGAAAUGAAAUUGAUGAUGAUUUUUAUUUUUGGCAGUUGUCGUCCAUCAAAAGGUAAUAAUUGUUUCUCGGAAGAAAUGUGUAUUUUUUUUAUUUUUUUGUCCUGUUCGGCUGUUGGGUCAAGCAGGAUGGAGGAUCUGUGUCCCUUUUAUGCCGGAACGGUUUUACUGUGUCACAGUGGAGCUUUUAAGCUUCUGCUGUGGUUUCUUAGCAGUAUCAUUGAAGUUUAUUGAGAAUCAGAGUCGAACAGAACACAUUUUCUAGA